AUGACCAACUCUUACCUUCCAGCCUCCUUCACAGGAAUCCUCUCCUGGCCUGUCCGCCGAGACGAUGCCCCCGAGUCCAAGAGCGACCGGAUCCUCACCAUGGGUAUUGUCGGCGGCAUCAUUCUUCUCUUUAUCGUGCCUCCUACCUGGUGGUUCAUUGCCCGGACCAUUCGGCUUCGAAGGGCGAGGCUUAAGGGGAAGGAUGUUGAGCAGGGUGUGCAGACUCAGGGACAGUGA